UACUUCACUGACCUCCUGGAUUAUACUUUGGGGGUUUUCCAGCAUCAUCAAAAUAUAAAAGAAACACUUUGUCUUGAUUUCCUUUCUUCUGCUGUUCUUCUGCUAGCAAUUACACUCCAUUUUCUCAGCUACCAACUACUUACCGCUUUCUGUCUCUUUUCAACCACUAACCACCUAUUAUUGGCUCCCACCAACUUGUCACACAUCUAUUGUUUACUGUUUUACAAUGACAGCUUCUAUCCCUGAACGUGUCCUUCCAAAGCUCACCAUUCCACCCUUGGAACACUCGAUCGAGGCUUUUUUAAGUGCUUUAAAACCUUUGCAAUCCCCAGAAAACUAUCUUUCCUCAGUUGAAACCUUAUCCAAUUUUAAAGAAAACGAAAUCAUCAACAUUUUGCAACAACACUUGGAGAAAUAUUCUUCUGACCUAAACACCAAAAACUACUUGGAUUUAUUCAGUAACGUUAGAAAUCAUAAUGCCACAAACAUUUACUCUGAAUAUAGGGGAAAGAUUUUACCAAGAAACCCUUACUUUAUUCUUGAAGCCGAUCCUAAAUCUAAAUUCUCAAUUUUCCCUCCAACCCAAACUGAAAGAGCCUCUGUUCUUGUUUCAAGUGCUCUAAAAUUUAUCGUCUCCCUAAGAAAGGGCAAAAUUCCAAAUGACGUGACUCCCAAAUCAGGUAACCCACUAUCAACAAGAUCUUACUACAACUUGUUUGGUACAACAAGAUUCCCUUCAAACCGUGGUCAUGGUAUCAACAUCAAACAAGAUCAAAAGUCAAAACAUCUAGUCAUCUUGUCAAACACCCAGUUUUGGAUCUUGCAAGUGUUAGAUGAUGACAAUAACAUCAUCUUCAAGGAAAACGAAUUGGAAAUCUUUUUUCAAAAAAUUGUCUACGAUGCUCAAAAUUUUAACACUUUGGAUCCUACAAAGGUAGCUAUUGCCUCAAUUUCUUCAACCAACAGAACCUCUUGGGCAAGUGCAAGACGUUUAUUAAACAACAAUGAGACAAACUCAAAAAAUCUAAACUCAAUCGACACCGCUCUAUUCGUCCUCAACUUGGACAUGGAUGAAUCCUAUCUAAAAGACGAUAACUUUCCUUCUUCAAUUGCUCAUGGCUAUUCAAAAAUCUCUCAAGGCUUCCAAGUCGGCUCUGGCAUCUCAAGAUGGUAUGACAAACUACAGAUCAUCGUUGCUAAAAACUCAAAGACUUGUGUAAUGUGGGAACCAACUUCUUGUGAUGGCACAACCGUCUUACGUUUUGUCUCCGACAUUUAUACUGACACGAUCUUAAGAUUAGCAAUAAAAAUUAACAACAACUCAAGAUUCUCCCUAUGGUUAGACGACAUCAAAUACGUCUCGAACGACUACAAAAAACCUGGCCUACUAAAAUUAAAAUGGGAUUCCUCUGAUAUCCAAUUAUUAAAGGAAAUCCACUUGUCUGAAACAAGAUUGGGCGACAUGUUGUGUCGUUAUGAACACAAGUAUAAAAAUUUUACAAAACACGUUGGAAACAAUUUAUUUACCCAAAAAUAUAACCUAAACCCUGACUCUCUUGUUCAAUUGGCUAUCCAAAUCGCCUUUUACGCUCUCUACGGUAAAACUCCCUCAACUUUUGAAUCUGUUUCAACAAGGAGAUUCGAAAAUGGUAGAUCCGAAAUGUGCUCAAUUCAAAAUGACUUGAUCCUAAACAUCUCUCAAAAUUUUAUCAGUAACGUUUCCACGAUCCAAAGAUGGUCCUUAAUUCAAAAGGGUAUUGAAGAAAUUAAUAGACUAAAGUCAGCUUCCAUGCAUGGUAGAGGCUUUGAAAAACACUUUAAAGCUCUAAAAUUGGCCUACAUUAUGAGAAAUUAUAUAAAUGAUUUACACAAAGAUGUUUCUAAUUUACCUCAAAUUCCAGAAAUCGAAAAUUUAAAGGACAUUGAACAAAAAAUCCCCCUCUUAUUUAACGAAAAGGGUUUAUACGAAUUAAUCUUUGAACCAGAAAUCUUAGCUGUCAAUUGUGGUAAUCCUUCUCUAAAAUUCUUUUCCGUCACUCCUGCCCAUCCAAAUGGUUUCGGUAUUGGUUAUAUUAUAAAAGAAGAUUUAAUCUCUCUAACCAUCUGCUCCCAAUUUAGACAAAAUGAAAGAUUCAUUCAUACUUUACAAUGGGUAUUUAAUGAAAUCUAUUUCUUGUGGAAAAAUGUUGGAAAAUUAAAGAAUCACGCCUCUUUAGUAUCCGCCGAAGAAAUGCUCAGAACUAUCUCAAUGGCCACCGGUGACUCAAAUAAUGAUUCAACUUUUUCAAUGAACAGAUCUGAAAGUUUAGCUGUCAAUAAUGACCCUGAAUAUAGUCUUGGUGGUUAUGGUUUCUUUGAUGUUGAUGAUUUGCAAUUUAGAAAUCAAAGCACAGAGGCUUCAACCAAAAUAUCAAGAAAUGCAAGUUACGCCCAAAAUUUGACUUCUUUGCAAAACUCAAAUCAUUUUAAUCAUUUAAGAAAACAAUUACACAGCCGUUUGAGUGAUGGUUUUGAAAACAGAUUAAGCGGUCUUAAUCAAAAUGACUUUUCGGAAAAUGAACCUGUUGGUGAAUUGCAAACUAAACAAUUUGUUCUUGAUAAACAACUCAAAUUAUCAAUUGGUAAUUCAAUUGCUCUAAGAGAAGAUUAAGCCGAAAAUAUAUUAUAAUUAAUUGAUUAGCCUGGAGGGUUUCUGUUUCUUUAUUUCCUUUUUUACAAUAUAUACUUAUAUACACGUACACGAAAUUUUAAUAAUAUUCAUUUCAACUAUCCAACUAUCACAAUAUAUUUUAUAUCUCCA